AUGUCCCACUUAGACAGUGUUGCUGUCAUCAGAGUACGGGGUAUGAAAAGCGUGUUGCAUGCCGAAGCCAUCAAGAGUACGUUGACAGGACAGCCUGGCGUGAAAGAAGUCAGCGCAUUUCUAAAUGAAAACCAAAUACAUGUCAUCUAUCGUUCAGAUUACACAACAACUAAAUUUCUCCAAGAUUCUAUUGCUGGAAUUAGAUAUGACUCGUUGGUUGUCAUGGAUAAACCACGUAUCAUGUACAAUCGCCCAAUGCAAUACAAUCGUAUGCUACCACCUAAAACGGCUAACAUUUAUGUUCAUGGAAUUAUGUGUCUGUCGUGUGUGGCUGCAAUUCAGAGACAACUCACAAAACAAGAUGGCGUCAGAUCGGCUGAUGUCUCCCUGAAAAAGAAAAGAGCACAAAUUGAGUAUUUUCCAGAUCAGGUCAGCCACCAAGACUUACAAGAGUUGAUACAUAGCAUGGGGUAUGAUGCUCGGAUGGAAGACCAGGUGGAAUUGGAAAUAUGUGCUUUGAGUAUUGAAGUUCCGACUUGUGCAAGUGUUGUGCUUAGACAUGAGAAGGAGUUAAUGAAGCGUGAAGGAAUUGAGUCAGUACACAUAUCAUUCAUGACUGGUAAGGCUGAAGUGAAGUAUAAUCCCGCUGUACUUGAUCCAUCACAGAUUGCAGAGAUGGUGGGGUAUAAGUCAACUGUCGAUGAAGUAGAAUUAGGAGGUACUUUAGAACUGAUGGUGGCGUAA